AUGCGUGCCCGGCCAUAUUCUUACGAGAGGUCCAUCCAGACGGACAACGCGCCGAGGGCCUCGUCAUUUGGCACCAUCCGUCGCGUGUAUCGAUAUGACGGCAUCAACAAAACAAGGUCGACUUGGGAUGGCCUCAGGAAGGACCCUGAGCUCUGGUCGACAGAAGGCGAUUGUACAAUCCACUUCUACUCCUACAACUCGUCCAAAAGAGGCCCCAGUCUGAGAAUUCCAUUCAGAGUUGUCGAACAGACGAAUAGCAGAUACCUCCUGCAACACUGUCUGCAAAGAUUUGAACCUACCAGCCCCGCGAUCAGCGAUAACGACCAUUCUGACAGUGGAUAUGGCGGAUCCGUGUCGAGCGAUCAAGCCGCCCUGCAAUGCGUGGAGCUGUACAUUUCCGCACCGCCGCAUGCUACCAAGCACGAGGCGCACAUCUUUCACUUGAGCACCCGAAACUACUUUGCCUACCUCUUAGACGCUCCGCUGGUCGGUGAGAGCUUGGGCAAAGCCUUGAUUGGUCUCUGGAGCCGACUUCAACUCUGGCAGCCGAGCGACAUGAUUGCAUCCGACUUUCGAGUGUACUGUCAGGAGCAAGGCUACCUUUCCUACUCCGAAAACCCCGACUAUGCUCUUGCAACACUGCAUUUCUGUGAACAGACGAAGAGCAAAGACAUGUGGGUCGACGCCUUUUCACAUUGCGCAGGCAUGUACCAUCGGUUGCAACGAAGCGAUGAGAUCUUCAGUCUGAGCAGUACGUCCAAGGCAUUGCUUCGCGCAGCUUCUUUGAAGAUGGACCAGCACAUAACUCAAGCCAUUAAGAGUAUUGGUACAUUCCUGGAAGAGGAGCUUGGAUUGGGCUACCUCGGACUGUCGAAGCCACUAAGAGACCAUCUGGAUCUGUACAGGAGUACCCUGCACUCGUUCUAUGUCAACAAGGUCGGCUAUUGGCCUCCGAAGGAGAACGCAUCAAUGGACAAGGGGUUGUGGCGAGGCAUGUACAACGACUUCCGAAGCCUCUACGACUAUUUGGCGGACACUUUAUCGUCAAAUGAUCGAGCAGAGAACCGUGCAGAUGGUGGUGUCUGUGUCAUGCAAAACUUGCACAACUUCGAUGAACGCCAUCACUACACCCACUUGCCGCAUCCUCUACCGCUGCUGCCCGAGCAAGCACCUUCAAAGCGGACCGUCGACCCUCAGAGAGGAUCAAGGUCGUUCAAGCUCGGCCGACGCAUUACUUUCACCGAGCCCAGGACAGUGACAACUCCAGCCCAGGCUUUGAAGAAGGCCACUAACUCACACAGGCUCGAAGUCAUGAACAAUGGACUCGUGCAAGACUACAUGCGCUUCGAACGGUCUAAAUUGGAGGAGAAGACCACCAUCACAGAAGCACGCAAAGUUCGAUUCAUGCUUGCAUACUGCAUGCUGCAGACUCUCAUCAGUAUCACAAGAGCUCCACCGGAGGUCCGAGAUGCUGACACGCCAUCAUACCCAUUGUGUGUCCUCUCUGCUAGAUUUCCACCAUGGAUGGAUGAUACUAGUGUCUUCCACAUUCCCAAGUCGCCGGUCAAGGAUGCUGAACGAAACCUGCCUGUGGAGCUUCCCGACACGAGCAAGGCAUCUGAAGAAGACCGAAUUUCUAUCCACCCAGAUUGCGAGGCCGACAACGCCAACGCCUACUUCACAAACAUGAACAGCAUCACAAGAUCAGGUUCAGACAUGAGUUUGAGCUCAAUGGCACCACCACUCCGAAGAAGCAGUGCUCGGGGCCGACGAGAGUCUUUCAUGAAUGGCGUCAGUUCCCUGCACCGCUCAAUGAUGGGCAGCCUUACCCGCGCCCAAAGACGAGGCAGUGUACGCUCCUCCCACUGUAACAGCAUCGUCUCGCCCAUCUCACCCACCAUCGCCCGAAGCAACACCCUAACCUCCUACAAAGAAAUCAUGGUCGAAGGUUAUGGAAACGGUCUCAUAAAGUCCAACUCUACCCCAUCAUUCAUCGCACUCGCUGCUCGAAAGAGCAUGAGUCAAGAAAGCAUUCAAACCAUCAUCGCCGAACUCCCAGCCAACGCAAACGCAAACGCAAACGCCUCCUCCGAUCCAAACUCUACCCCAACCCUCCCAAUGCAACAACUCUCAAUCGGAAUCGGCGGUGGUGGAGGAGGACCAGAAGAAGCCCUCCAAACCCUCGAAUCCAACAACAAUCCCACCACAACAUCAUCACCACUCUCAAACUUCGACUUCAACUUCACAACAACCAACCCCAACCCCACAAAACACCCCACCCCAUCUCCCCCCGAACCUCCUCCUGCGCUAAAACGUCAAAAACCUUCCACCUACGCCGCAAAACUCCUUCUCAGUCGAAAACCCUCCGGCUUCAACAAUACCAAUCCUUCUACUUCUACAACGACAGCUUUGUCGUAUACGAUGAUGCCAAACAAAGAGAAUCUUGAGGAAGAAGAAGAUUAUGGGAGUCGGGGGAGGAGACAGUUGAGGCAGACGAUGAUGGUGAGGAAAGGGGGCGGGAACAAGAAGGGUUGUUUGGGUGCUGGGAGGGUUGGGGAGGAGUGAGAUAGGUAAGAUACCUAAUCAAUGAUGAGGUGGAUGGGGUGGUGGAUGGGAUAAGGAUUGUCUCUUUUUUUUUUGGUGAUGACCGAUUGUGCGCGAGGAAGAUUUAAGUAAUCGGACGACACUCUCUCUCUCUCUCGCUUGUGAUGGAAGGAUGGGACGCAAAAAAGAAUCCUCGUUAAGUUCCCUUGGUGUGUGUGUGUGUGUGUGUGUCUUUGGACUUGGACUUUAGCACGAUACCCCCCCAACACGCUUCGAAG